GCAAUUUUAGCUGAAGCUCCUUACGUAGACCUGAGCUCUCACAUUUCAUAGGUGCCUAUUUUACAUACCUAUUAGUAGACCGGCCGAUUCGAUAAUCGUUUCUUCACCUAGAAUACAGUGAUCGAGACACCCUUUGGGCCACCCCUUAGGACCAAUUUGGCGAAUCACCAUUAGUGCCGUAAACGGUUUGCCCAGCAUGGCCAACAAUCCCUACGAAGUCGAGCACAACAUCAAAGCGCCGGCACACCCGCCCCAUAAGCGGCGACCCGACAUGUCGAGCUUCACAUCGCAACUGCACCAGAUCUCUCGAGAUUCUCCAGCUUCCAACGCACACUCGCACGUGGGCCCGACGCCCGUGGAUGUCGCCGGGCUGUACCACCUCGUGCACGACCAGUUCGCGACGCUGUUCCAAGAUGCCCCGACGUCCGAGAACCGGACCUUUCUCAACGGCCUCAUGACCGAACUACAGAGCGACAUCCAGGCGCCGCCGGACCAGAUCCCGGGCGUCCGUCAAGAGUACCUCGAUUCCCUGGACCGCGUGCCGAAGAAGCAGCUCAAGCAGGAUGACAGCUGUCCAAUUUGUGCCGAGAAUUACUUAGAUGAUCCGUACCCGCUGGUUGUUGAACUGCCAUGUCAUGGCAGCCACCGGUUUGAUCUUGAAUGUGUCGGCCCGUGGUUACAGAGUAAAGGCAGUUGUCCUAUGUGCAGGAAAGACUUGACGAAGAAGAAGGUCAUCGAGAUUCCGAAAGACGAGGAGGAAGAAGAAGAUGAUGUCGACGGACUGUAUGGUUGAGAUUUGCCGGUGGGACUUCUACGGAGGACUAGAUAUGGAGUUGGCGAUACCCCAGGGGAGAUGCAAUUCACUCAUUACACUUGGCUGCAGUGAUGCACUAAAAGACGUGAUCGGAGUUAACC